CAUAGACUUGUGUUGUGUUGUGUUCCUCUCGCAACGGUGUCGUUUUGUUGGAAUAGUUUAAUUCCUACGUAGUAAGGUCAGACUUUAAUAAACGCACCGUUUUACUUUUAUCAAUUAGAAAACAUAAUUCUUUUCUUUGGAAAUAGCGUUGAAAUUACUUAUCAUAUCUAUUCUAUAUAAAGUGUGCCUAUAUAACUGAAAUUAUUAGUUUAUGAGAAAUUGACUUUUUAUUUUUAUUUAAUAAAAUAAUAAAAUAUUAUUUAUAUAUAAUAAAAUAACAAUAAAAUAAAGGAAAAUUUACACUCCAGUACUUUAAUUGCAUUCUUUUUACAAAAAUAUGGUGCUGUCAUUUAUAUAUGUUAAUGUACCGUUUUUUAUACCGUUUUUAAUUUAAUUCAUUUUUUUUUUUUUUUUAAAUAACUGGAUGGGACGUGUGAUGUGUGAUGACGUCAUCACAUCACGUCCUGCACGUCUUCCAUGUUGCAGUGUGCAACUGUUCACGCGCCACUUUUUUUGCAUGUGUAAUUCAAAUUAUGGACGGUUUUAGAGGAUUGUAAUCAUUUUUUUUUUAUUUUUAUAUUCUAUUUUACCAUUUUUAUGGUUUUUUAAGUGUUUGUAUAAAAGGAAAGUAAGUUUGUUUUUAUAAAUAUUCAUCUUGAGCUUUUCUUUUCUCUGUUUUCGUUUUAUACAGAGUAUAGGGGUUAGGGUUUCUUCUUCUUGGGGUGGUUUAUUUUUGUAUUAGCAAGAGAGUUUGAGUGCAUCAUUUUCGUUUAUUGCCUUGUUAUUAUCAUCUGUAAACCUAAAAAAUGGUUAAAACUCGUUCCUCAAUUUCUCCUUCGCAUUCUGUAAAGGUAGCUGCUGAUAAGAAGAAAAUGGAAAAUGUCUCCGAUGAUGGAGAUCGUGAUGAUUCUGAUCGUUCUGGUGGUUCUGGUGGAUCAUCGGAUGGUAGCCGUGGCUCGGCAUUGCAAAAGAGAAAAAGAGUUGUUGAUAAAGUGAAGAAAGAAGAUGUUCGAAAUGUGAAAAAGAUGAAGCAAGUUGCUGAAGAUUUGCCUGAGGAUUAUGAUAGUGAAGACUUGGAGGUUGAAGUUCGUAAUGAUUUGAAGGAAUGGGAUUUAUAUUUCAAGCCUGGUGAAAAGAUUCAGGGAAAAGUGAUGUUAUUCCCUAAUCAGGAUAACAUUGUUGUCAAAAAUAUUAAUUCCAAGUUGACUAAAGAUCAACGUAAGUUGUUUCGUGAUACUUGUUUUGGUUAUUUUUUGGAUAGCCAUCCUGUUGGUUUUCAGUCUCAAUUAGUUCAUAAUGCCUUACAUAGGGAGGUAUAUCAGAAAAAUGAAAAAGAAAUGUGGUUUAAGUUUGGUGAUGAGAAUUUCAGAUUCAGUUUAGCUGAGUUUGUCAUUGUUGUUUCGGUUUCGUGUGUUGGUGAUGCCGAUUUGAGAUCGUUAUUAGUCUUUGUUGAGCAUAGGUUUAUGUAUAGUGAUUUCAAGUCAGAUGAGUAUGCUGUGAAGAUGGCUGUUUUGUACCUUGUUACUAAUUGUUUGAUUAGUAGUGUUUACUCAAAAAAAGUUCCUGUUGAGAUUUUGAACAUAAUUGGGGUUGAUGAGUAUGGUAGUUUUCCAUGGGGUAUACCAGUGUUUGAAUUAACUUUGCACAAUUUAAAGAUUGGUCUGAGGGGUGUUAUGAAGGGAAAAGGUGUUGCUAAGCCUCUUGCUAAGGUUAAAGGGAAACAUUUGGAAAAGGGUCCUCGAUCUUAUAAACUUCCUGGUUUACCUUUUGCAUUUUUGGUUUGGUUGUAUGAAACCAUUCCUUUGUGCUUGAAGGCAAAGUUUUGUUCCUAUGAUUCUGGUAAACCAUAUAGGUUUUGUAGAUGGAAGAGUAUUGGAAAUCCUAAUUCAAGUGAAGUUGAGAAGAAAGUUCUAUCUUCAAAUAAGCUGAAAGGAAAACAUAUUGUGCCUACUGAAGAUGAAAUAAAAGGUUUAUUGGUGCUUACUGGAAUGGAGUUUAUUGGCCGAGAAGAGUCAGAUGAUGACUUUGAUGAUGUUCCAUUCUCAAAGUUUAAUGUUGAUAGAGUUGGAUCUUCUGGUGUACAGAAGGAGUUUACUGGUGGUUUUGAUGUUGAUGGUGUGAUGCGUAAGAUGAAGGAGUUUAUUUCUAGGCAAAAGAAGACUGAUGAGUCUAUUGAAGUAUUGAAUAAUGUGUUGGAGGGUAGAUUCAAGGAGUUGCAGCUUGGUUUUUUUAUGGAAUUGAAGUUUAAUGAGUUGAAGGAAGCUAUUGAAAAUGCAAAAAUUUCUAAAGAUGGAAAUGAUAGUCCUGAUGAGAGCGAUGGCAAGAAUGAUGAUUUAAAUGAUGUUGAAGUUUUUGAUGUGAAAAGUCAAGAUGCAAUUGAAACUGUUGGACUCGAUGAGAAUAUCCAAUAUACUCAGGUUUUUAAUGAUGAUGCUCCUUCAUUUGAUAUUAUGAGUUUUAUUUCUAGUAAACCUGAUUGGUUUACUGAAGAAAAAAAGAAUACUGAUAAAUUGAAUGAUGAAGAACAGGUUGUUGAUGAUCAUGGCCUAUUUAAGGAUGUUGUUAAAAAAUCUAAGGAGGAUGAAGAUGAUGGUGGUGAUGACCAGGGUUUGGGGGGUGGUGAUGCUGUUAAAGCUAUUGGUUCAGAUGGGACAAAUAAAGACAAUGUUGAGGGAAAGAAUACUGAAGAAGCAAAAGAUGUUGCAGAUGGGAGUAAUAAAGAUAAUGUUGAGGGCAGAGCAGUUGAUGUAGAUGCAAGUGUAAAUGAUGUUGAAGGUGUUUGUAGUAAGGGAAAGUUGUUUGAUAGUCAAGGCACUGAGGAUAGUAUCACUGUGUCUGCUUUGGAGAUUAUAAAUGAAAAGAUUGAUGCCUAUGAGGGAAGCAUUAAAAAGGAUAAGUCUUUAAAUAAAUUAGAGGCAACAAAUGCUGAUGUUUUAUCUACCUAUGGGUUGGACAAGACUGAUGUUGUUGGUGUUGAGAAGAAGCAUGGUUCUCAAGAAAGCUUUUCUGUAUCUACCAUGGAGGUUGUUAAUGAUCAUUUGGUUUCCUAUGAAGACAGUUUGAAAAAGGGAAAGUCUAUAAAAUUGGAGGAAGAAACUCCUACAGUUGGAAAUAGAGAGAGGAAACCUAGUUCUGUAUACAACAGUCCGUAUGCCACAGAAUUUGGUUCAGGUAGUAUUGGUAAACCAAAAGGUGGACGUCCUGGAUCAUGUGCUUUUGGAUUUGGCUUUUUCAAUGUGAUUGAUGAUGUGCAAGCUAAAUCUUUUGAUCAGUGGUUUAAGAUUGGGUUUAAUGAUAAAAACAAAGUGAAGAAGUUUAAAGAAUGUCAUAGGAAGCUUAAGGUUCCAUUGGAUUUUGUGGUUUGUCAAAUUGAUGAUAAGAUGUGGUUCUAUGAUUUGCUUACUGUUGGGAAGAACUUGUCAUGCUCGCAUAUUGAUGUUUGUUUCUACUAUUUGAGAAAGAAGUUAAAGUAUGACCAGUCUGUGAAAAUUUCUGGUAAUACUACUGAUUGCUUCUUUGCUUCUCAAAUUUUUGAAUUAUAUAAUGAGUUUGUUGCAAGUGGUGAAAAUGUUGAUUUGGUUAAGAAGGAUUCUAAAGGCCGCAUACAUAGCGGGUUUUUAUAUGUUAUGCAAUAA